AUGUCUCCUUCACAACAGGAGGAGGUCAAGUUCGCCAUGACCAAAUGGAAUAGGGAGGGGGCACCAGAAGAAAGUCAAGUAGUGAAGAACAACCUCAAGAAAACACUUGAAGACAUUUCAGAGCAAAUCCGACGUACUAUGGGUUGUCGAGUGGUGAUGUUCGUUAGCCACAAGAAAAAAGCUAGUCAGACAUUGUCUGUCAGUCUACAUGAAACCGACCCUCAAAAUGUCAAGAAGAGGUUUUCUGUCAGCUCCAAUGGGAUCAAGGAGUGGACUGCAACUGGAUUUGAAUCCUUUGCAGAAUGGUCAAAGACCGAGUUUUAUCCUUCAGAUGAUCAGGACCUGGAGGGUUCAGACAAUGAGGAUGCUGGCAAUGAAGCUGCUAUACCCGAAAUUAUCCUAGAUGAUGAUGGAUAUGCCAAACUUCCUAGUCGUGAUGGUAUUGGCCUUAGGGGCCAACAUGAAUUGAUUAGGGGUAUAUUUCAUGCUUCGUAUAAAGUCUGCACUGGGGGCUCUAGACCUGUGCCUUGGGGUAUGAUAACUGCUGCCUCGUCCAAUUAUUUGGAACAUGGUUCUGUUCCCACUGCAUUUGUGGUCAAAGACCCUUCUCAUAUGAAAACUGAGGAGGUAAAUCGUCUAUGGAACCAUUGGGAACAAAAUUUGGCUGCAAACAAGAAGCUAGUCGUUUUUGUCAAAGCCAAGGAUGGUGAUGUGCGGGCAAAUGUAAGGAAUGAAGAAAGAAAGAAGAAGUCUAAGGAGAAAAGAGUAAGCUUACUUGACUCAGACGAAGAAGACAGCGACCGGCUUCCUUCCUUGAACAGCUCUGAUUUCACAGAACGUAGAACCCAGCCGGCGAUCACAACCCCAGAUGAUGUUUCAAUCGAUGAUCGAUAUGCAUUCCUCGAAUCUCUAAGCAAGAAUAAGGACUACCUGGAGCUUAUAGAUGCCAUUAGGGAUCUGGCAAAGUUUGCCAAGCAGAAGCCAACUUCAGAGGAGAAUCCAGAUUUGCCUAUCUGGGCUAACUGGUCUUGGGGAGAAUCUUAUCUUCCUGAGGACGUGCAUGUGUCUUAUGACACUUUGAAGGCUAGCUUGGAAAAGCUACGAACAUCUCCAAUCUCAGGGGCAGCAUCCGCCAUGCCAGUGAUUCUAGGAAUUGGGCUCCUCUAUAGGGAGUCUAAACGCGUCAUAGAGUAUGAGGAAGAUGAGGCUGACCCCAAUACACCUUUCUACCUACCUGGUUCUGCUUUCGAUCUAGAAGUCUUGGUUUCUCUUGAUCAAGUUGUUCGGCAGGUCUUGGCCACAGUUGUUGAGCACAUAGAGAAGCUGGCAAAAGGGGGACUUGGUGAGGUGCCAGGGGAGGAGGUUGUUUUGAUAAAGGGGAAGGAGAAGGCGAAAGCGAAAGCGAAAGCGAAGGAGACACAGGAGGAGGAGCAGCAGCAGCAGGAGCAUGAGGAGCAGGAGCAGGAGGAGGAGGAGCAGGAGGAGGAGGAGGAGGAGCAGCAGCAGCAGCAGCAGCAGCAGAAAGGGAGGAAGAGAAGAAUGCCCCAAGCUUCGACCAAUGAAUUCCAACUCGCGUUCGCACACCUCACCCAAGCCAUAGCCAGAACCGUCGAGGAAAAGGUACCGAAAGCCAAGACGUCUCCUUAUGCAAAACGCUGGUGGUCGAAAACGCUGGAAGCCGAACGAAAAGAAGUACACAGACUCGGACACAAGGCAAGAAGUCGACUCGCCAGGAGACAAGACCCAAUACACGAAGAAUAUUGUGUCGCACUGCAACAGACUAUCCGACCACAUCAAGAAAACCAAAUCAGAACACUGGGACGCAUGGCUCAACGACCUCACUCCGGCAAACAUCUGGGACCUCUAUCGCUACUGCAGCAAGUGACCCGAACGAUCAAAUACACACUGAGAAUCAAAAUGUUAAAGGACCCUCAAGAACCAGCAGACAGCAACGGCACGCAGGACAACAAACGGAAGAGCGAACUCCUCUAUGAGGUCUUCUUCCGUCCUCCACCGGAAAAUGAACAUGUUGAGCCGAAUUUCAAUUACCCUCCUCCGAUCUGCGAAUUCGCACCCGUCACUAACAACCAAAUAUACCUGUGCUAUAGCUAA